ACUACACCGACCCGCUAAGUCACGUGACUCAGCCAAGUUUUCUUUCUUCUUUCUUCCACGUUGUUUCAGUUGUUGUGAUCAGUGACACUGGUGUGAACCAGAGCAGAUUGCAUCUUAUUAUCUGACCUCCAGACAUGUUUAUUACUUGUUUUAUUUGACCAGCCUACAUUAUUGCAUGGUGAUGCAUAUAUCUGUAAAACACAACAAUGGUGUGGUUUCUGGAAGGUCUGUGCUUCCUGCCAACAUUUCUGGUUAUUUGGUCCUCCUGCACAUUUAUCCUGAAUUAUCUCAUUGCUCUUGGCCGUGGGGACGUGGAUGUGAUCUUCCCAUACAUCAGUGAUACGGGAGUGGCCCCUCCGGAGAGAUGCAUAUUUGGCCUCAUGGCAACAAUUUCAGCUCUUGCAGGGUUUGCCACCAUGUUUGCCAGAUAUAAAUUUGUGCAGAAGCUGAUUGAAGGAAGAGUUGCCAUGUCUCCGUGUCUGAACAAAGCUGCUUUCGUCUUGGCUACACUCUCUUGUAUAGGGAUGUGUUUUGUAGCAACAUUUCAGGAGACAGAGAUGAGAACUGUUCAUGAUAUUGGAGCUUCAUUGUUCUUCAUUUGCGGAAUGAUUUACAUCAUCCUACAGACCAUCAUCUCGUACAAGGUUCAUCCUUACGGAUCUUCAAAGCGCACGUGUCACGUCCGUGCCGUCUUUUCCUCGGUGGCUUUACUGACAGUGGUUAUAACUAUUAUUUCUGCCUCGUUUCUGAAGACCCAAUUUCACUGGACCCCAGAAGACCAGGGCUACAAGCUGCAUGUCGUGAGCGCUGCGAGUGAGUGGAUAGCUGCCUUCACUUUCGUCUUCUUCUUCUACACGUACAUCCAGGAGUUCAAGCAGUUCACCUUGCGAGUGGACGUCCAGUUACUGGAGUUUACAUGAGUCCGUUUCAAAGGUCGCUGCGAGUUUGUUUGCACAGCGGGAGGAGUUUUUUUUUAAUACAAGAAAUCAAACUUUCGAAUGAUUUUUACCAUAUCAAGUUUUUUAUUUUUGUACACUGUUUAUAGUAUUAUUUAAUCAAACAGGCAUGGAAUACUGAAUUGAACUCAUUCCAAUCAGUGAUCUGUAAUGAUACAAUGCACUUUAAUCCACGUUGCUGUAAUUUAUCCACUAUGAACACUGAUCCAGCAAUAAAAAGGAUGCAGUUACACAAUAA